AUGGCCGAGCCAAGCCAAGAUCUAUCCGUUCGCCCUCAAAUCCCCGAGGACAAGCUCGUUCUGUAUGUCAAGAAAGCGAGCCCUACCUCCACGGCCAACGCCGUGAAGCCACUGAUGCUAAUUGAGGCUCUGAAAAUUCCUCAUACAAUCCACAUCAUUGAAUCAACUAGCAACGAAACAUGGUUUCACUCGGUCAACCCCUACAAGAUGGUUCCCGCCAUGGAAGACGUUGAGAUCUACCAGGUCAACAGCAAGCCGCAGCGGCUGAACGUCUUUGAUAGCUCCGCAUGCUUGACGUACCUGGCAGAGAAGUAUGACAAACAAGGACUUUACAAUGGAAAGGACCUCUGUGAGCGAACCAUUGUCAUGAACUGGCUGAUGUCCUACACUGCUGGUCUGGGUGCGACUGGAAAAAUCUGGCUUUUGAUGAAAGCACCCAAGCCGGUGGACAUCGGCGAGUCUCUUUCCGUUCUGCUCAAGUAUAUUCGGACAGAAUACCAAUUCUUGGAGACUCGGCUGAAUGAGCCUGGUCAGGAUUACAUAGCCUUGCCCGACAGACCGACGAUUGCGGAUUUUGCAAUCUUGCCUUUGGCGAAUGAAACCAUCGCAACAUCUGCCGAGCUGGACUUUAAUGAAUGGCCGAAGCUGAAGGAGUGGAGUGAGAGAAUGACCAAGUUACCGCCAGUUGAAAGGGCCUUGAAUCGGAUCUCUCGGUUUGGAUUAUCCGAUGAAGAACUCAUGAAGCUGGACCGCAAGGAUUAG